GGACAAGAGCUGGGAAGCAGCCUGGAAGCUCCUCAUCCAUUUAUCAGUAGAUGGGGUGCUGAAAAUCGGAGCCAGUGAAACUCACGCCCAUUCAUCUCCACCACGAGGGCGGUGAUAGCGGGGAUCCCAGGCGGAAACCUUGGCUGCUCUCCUACCCCAAUGGCUGCUAAAAAUAGGACUUAACUCAGCCACCAGCUCGAGUAUAAAAAGGCACCUCCCAGGAGAGCCUGCGGUCCCUCAGCGCCCAGGAGCUCGUCUUGAACUAUGUCCAAAGGAACAGAAAUACUGAUGGAAAGCAACACGCGGGAUCCGGCCGAGGAGAUGCCUCGGUGGGAUGUGGGGAGGCAGCUGUCGGGCAAGAUCCUAUCUCUGGACAGGCGAGAGGCCAAGAAAGUGCUGGAGAUUUACGUCAAGCGCUCACUGAGCUGCCAUGAAAACUCACUGGUGGCCAAAAAAAUCCUUCAGGAGAAAGGUGGAGGGCAAGGGAGGAAAAUGGACGGGCUACAACGGUCAGAAAGUGAUUUCUGCACGUACCCAUGUGUCACACCCAGCCCUAGGAAGGACCAGGAGGAGAGACUCAAAACACCAGGCCCAGAGGAGGCUUUGGAUGAUGGCAGCAAAUCACCCCAGGAGGUGCCUACAGAGGGGCUGAAGGCCAAGAGGAAAAGCACAAAAAACUCUUCCCAGGGCAAAACACAGCACUCAGGUUCAAAACAAGGCUGGCUGAAAGGUUUCUUAAAUCUCUUCUUCAAGAAGAGCCCUGAGGACCAGAAGGAAAACACAGGGCAAAAAGCAAAGGAGAAAGAUGUCAAAGCUCCUCAGGGCUCCAAACCAGAAGGAGCCAGAAAGCACAGAGUAGACUCAAGCACAUCCCCAGCGUUGGGCAGAGCCCUGAAGAAGAAACCCACCCUCAAGAAGGUUUUCUCCCUGAAGAAGCAUGGGGAGGAGGAGCGGGCAGAGCCGGGAUCCGGGGCACGGAGCAAGCGCCCCAGCUGCCUUCCCCUGCGGCACGUCCUGGCGCCAGCACAGCCAGAGGAGGAGCAGCCCAAUGGAUACUACACACAAGUGUCCCAGGAGAUUGGGCUGAUCGUGCAGGGCAGCGAGAGCCGGGGGGACGGAGCAGGAGGACAGGAGGAGCCCCCACAGCCCCCCAGCACCGAUGGGGUCGAUGAAGCCAUCAAGAGAAUCGUUGCCCUGCUCAGGAGUGCAGGAGAUGAGCUGGACAGGCAGGUGAGGGAGGACGCACGGCUGCAGCUCUUCUUCAGGGACAUGUCCUACAGCUCCUUCAAGAGCCUGGCUGACGCCUACGUGCAGAGGGAGCUGACAGCCAGCAGGCCCAACGUCAACCCCCAGGAGAUCCAGUUUGCCUACACGGUCCAUCUGACCGCCACGGUGGCGGGGAUCUGCAGCCAGGCAGUGAACAGGAUCAUGGGCUUCGGCAGCCGCUACCUGGACGAUUCCUUCGCGCCCUACGGCAAAAUUCUCCAGAAGAGAGAAAAGCUGAGGACAGACCACUGUGACAGCCCAGACUGAGAGUGGCUGCUGUGAGGGGCCUGUGGUGCCUGGGAACCCAAGGACAAACAUUUCAUGGUGGGAGGACAAUCCCUGAAGUGACUGGGAUCCCCCUGGAUGUGGGGUGAACUUCUGGACAGGGGAUUUAAAAUCUUUUAAGGAAAACCCUCAUGACAGUGCCAGCAGUGUGAAAUGCUUGAACCCCACCUGGCAGGGGGUGAAGAGUCCAUAAAUCAGAGCCCACAUUUCACCCUGUAUUUGUAUUUUAGCUCCUGCCAAGUGCUUGUGUUGAACCUCAGGGGUUGUUGCUCUUUGUGCACAUGUAUUUAUUUACCUGCU